GUACUGACCUCUAGGUAACGCUACUGGACACAUCUCCAAAUCAAGUUCUGCCAUGUUACUCUGCCGUGCUACGCUAUCUCGUGCCUUAAGGUCUUGCCCAGGACAAUUCCGUGUUCAAUCCGCGACGCGGCUAGCCGGCAGUAUCGCCACGUCUAGCCCAGCGAAGGAAUUCAGAGUGGUACUCGAUAACCGCACGCUCUAUAUUGACCAAGAGCUUGCGCAGAGCUUAGGUUGGCAUACGGAGGUGAAUGCUGCGGAAGGCGUUCCUCUGACUCUGCAUGGAUGGGGACCGCAUUACUUCGCCAUAUCCCGGACAGGCUCAGAUAGUGAGGCCUUGGCACGGCGGACUGCCGCGAGCGGAGAUGAUCUCAAAGUGCUGAAGGUCCUCGAGUACCUCAAGGACCGCUGAUGUUCGUGGUCGACGCCCAUGUAUCUAUGGGGCAUACAUGUACCUGUACAGACCGAGUUACAACGACUUCUUGCGCUUCACGUAACAGCAUCCACACA